GGUGUAGAGGAAAACCGCCUACUGAAAAGUUAUCCUAUAGCUAGACGAAGGUACCCCGGUAAACCGAGCUUCCCGAAAACUCAGUACAGAUUGGGUCUAAACGAUCCUAAACGCGCUCUUCUGUUGUCUUAAUGGCUUUCAAUUUACUAGAGAACGUCAAGAAAUAUGUUCACGAAGGCAAUGACUCGAUUUUAGCCGAAAAGUAUCGCGAAAUUUAUGAUGUCGGUCAGGUAGCUGUCCUUAAUGGACUAAUCGACUACUUCUCUUCCAAUAUAGAAACUCAUUUUGAAUUGUCACAGCUAGAACAGCUCUACUCGCUAUGUGCAAACUUUCAUGAGCUUCCUUCGGCCUCUAAAAACAAAAUUGUUGAUUUGGUUUCCAGUAUCAUUUUAUCUGAAUCUUCUCUACUCGAAGAACUAAUCUCCCAAAACCGGACAGACUUCUCUGUCCCUCAAGAAAACCUGGAAGCAUUUGGCAUUGCUUUUACACUUAUUGUUAAUGCCCUCUCAAAAAAUAACCAACUGAACAUUGUUGGCAACUUGUCCUCGGCAAAAGACAGGAAGAAGGACGUUGGAAAUAACGGGAAAGGAUGGGCUGGUUCUGCUCACGUGUGCUCUUGCCUCGAUGCUAUUUACUCACUUCUGCAGAAGAGGCUUUCUCGUGCUUGGAUUACGAAUUCGGAAAAAGAGAUGUUCCUUUCCAUGUUUCUUAGACCAACGUAUCUUUUCAUGGAAAGCGAAGUUAAUAUGAAGCUGGUUCCUCUUAGAACACGAAUCUUUAAGGUUAUUGCUCUGGCUGUCAAAUCGCAUGACCAUGGAUCUGCCGCUCAAACAACGAUCAUUCAACAACUGCAGUAUUUUGAACAUCUUCCUGAGCACCUUGCGGAACUUCUUCACAUCACCACCGAUCAAUAUGCUGAAGAGGAUCUCAUUCAGAGUGUUCUGUGCGAGCUUUGCUCCCUUCAAUUCAAUAACAAUGAUACUAAAGGUCCAAAACACAUAUCCGCUUUUCUCAUUCGAUUAUCAGCAUUGAAUCCACGUCCAUGUUUGAAACAACUUACGCAACUGGUAAAGUUUUUGGGCACAGAAUCUUACACUUUGCGUUGUGCUGUUAUGGAAGUCGUCGGUAACAUUUUGCUUGACUUGCUCAAAGUGGAAGGUUCAGAGGCAGAGCUGGUUUCUGCUAAUAUAAACAGUUUGCUUGAUCUGUUAAAAGAGCGCAUGCUGGAUAUUAAUCCAUACUGUCGCUCGAAAAUUCUGCAAACAUAUCUUCGUGUUUUUGAAUUACCCAUUAAAUAUCCACAACGGCGACAGGAAGUGGCCGAAAUUUCUUGCAUAUGCUUGCAAGACCGAUCUAGUAACGUUCGUCGCAAUUCCAUCAAGCUUAUCUCAAAGCUUUUGGCGACCCAUCCGUUCUCGGCAAUGUAUAAUGGAUUAUUGAAGCGUGAACAAUGGGAACAAGGGUUGGAAGCAAUAAACAAGCAACUUGAUGUCCUGAAGCCAGAUACCUCAAUUUUAAAUUCAGAACAAGAGGUUGAUGAGUCUCUGCUUGAAGAUGCUACCAUAAUUCAGGAAGAGGGCACGGCAAAUUCUCCUAAGACUAGUAAUGCAGCUUCGGCAAGUGCAACUAGAAUUGAGGAAGCUGAUCUAGCAAAAGAUGACUUACUUAAGCUGCAACUUACGAAACAGUUUUAUCUCGAUGCUCUUAAAUUCAUUACCACCGUUGAAAAGUCAUCCACCCUUAUUGGGCAGUUAAUGGGAGCAAAGAACAAAUCCGAAGUUAUCGACGUGAUGGACUUUUUCGUCUUUGCUGAAUCUUUUGGAAUCUCCAAUGCGAGUGCGUAUAUCAAGAAAAUGAUUCACCUUAUUUGGGUGAAGGGUACAUCGGAGGAAGGAAAUAGUAUCCAAAAUCACUUGAUUGAAUGCUAUAGUGUUCUCUUUUUCAAUCCUCCUCCGCAGGUGUCUUCUAAUGAUGCAGCCAAUUAUACCGCUAGAAAUCUUAUUACGCUGACCUAUAAUUCAAGUCUUGCCGAACUUACUUCUUUGGAGCAAAUGCUUUGCAUUCUCAUGCAGCGCAAUUUCUUCGUGAAACUGGUUAUCAACAAGCUUUGGCAAGUUUAUGGAUAUCUAAGAAAGGAAAUUUCACGCACACAGCGUCGCGGUGCCAUCAUUGUUCUCAGUAUGCUUGCACUCGGCAAUAGUGAAGUUGUCCUUCAGGGACUUGAUCUUUUAGUUCAAGUGGGAUUAAGCGAACCCGGUUUCAAAGACUUGAUAUUAGCACGGUACACAUGUACGGCUAUUAAAAGGAUUGGGGGAAAGAAAAAUAACAAACGUGCUUCGCUUCCUAACUCUCAUCUCAUUUGUCAAAAGUUAGCUCAACUGCUUUGCCGACCUAUCGAUACAGACGACUGGUAUGCUCUUGCAGAACAAGCUGUUGAUGCAAUUUAUGCUGUGUCUCAGCACCCAGAUGAGUUGAGUACUGAGAUUAUUAACAAGUUUACCGGAAUGGUAUUUUCCCGGUUUUCUAAUCCUAAAUCCAAUGACAUGGAUGAAGAUAAAGAUGAGGUAGAGGAGAUACCGGCAUUUUCUCCGACCAGACAACUUGCCCACUUACUGUUCCUUGUUGGUCACAUUGGUAUCAAACAACUCGUAUACAUAGAAAGUUUUGAGGCCGAGUUUAAGUUACGCAAAGCAGAGCUGGAUAAAGGGCCUUCUGAUGAUGACCAAAUGAAUGUUGACAAAUCUGAGCCCAGCGAGUUUGACAUGAUUGCGGGAACGAGUGAAGAUGACUUCACCGAUGCUAUGACUUACAUUCGGGAACGCGAACUUUUAUAUGGCGAAAACUCCCUGCUGGCCAGAUUUUCUCCGCUAGUCGUGGAGUUAUGUUCAAAGAACACGACUUACUCUAAUAAGCAUGUUCUUGCUGCUGCUUCUCUCACGUUAACAAAAUUUAUGUGUAUUUCACAAUCUUUUUGUGCGAAACACCUUCCCCUCUUAAUCACAAUUCUCGAAAAGUCAGACAAUUCCCUAGUCCGCAAUAAUCUUGUUAUUGGAUUGGCUGAUUUAACGAUGUGUUUUAAUCAAUACAUCGACCAAAACUCGGAGUAUCUUUAUCGUCGUUUGUCCGAUGAUGAGCCUUCAGUUAAAAAAACAUGCUUUAUGACACUAGCAUUUCUUAUUCUUGCCGGACAGAUUAAAAUUAAAGGACAACUCGGUAUUAUGGCUCGUUGUUUGGAAGACAAAGAUCCUCGAGUCUCAAGCCUCGCACAUAUGUUCUUCUCAGAACUUUCAGCGAAGGAUAAUGCUGUGUAUAACAAUUUUAUUGAUAUCUUCAGUGUUUUGUCGAAGUCUGCUGAAGAACUCGACGCUGACGAUUCUAUGUUCAAGCGCAUCAUUAAAUUCCUCAUGUCGUUUAUUGAGAAAGAAAAAUUUACUCGACAACUCGCAGAACGUUUAGCAUCGAGACUAAACAAGUGUUCGUCGAAAAGGCAAUGGGACCAAGUUGUUUACGCUCUAUCGUUACUACCGCAUAAGCUUGAAAAUAUACAGAAACAAAUAGCCGACGGUUACCGUUAUUAAUCAUUCCCUUCAUCUGCUAUACGUUUAUACUUCUGUUUGUUUCUAAUUUGAUACCUUAUGUACUCUAAAUAGUUAUGAAUCUUUAUUUCAUGUUGUAAUGAUGCAGCUUUCAAAGCAUAACAAUGUUGUUUAUGUUUGCAUCUAAACAUAACUCCUUAACAACUUUUCUUUAA